AUGCCCCACCAUCACCGUGCCUCGUCGCUGAGGCAGUCCAACAAGGCCUUCAAGUCGAAGCACGCCACAAAGACCUCGCUGCGUGAGGCGUCCAAAGGUCGCUCUGCCAGCGACGUCUCCAGCACCUCGCGCCUCUCCUCGCACAAGGCUUCGCCGCUCUCGGCCGCCGGAAACGAGGUGGGCUCGCGCCAGCACCGCCGCAACCACGCCAAGCAGGCACAGCGUUCCAAGCGCAAUGCUCUCGUCCAGUCCAACCGCAUCUUCUCCUCCGCCGCAUCCAGGGAGGGCAAGGACGGUCUCUCCAAGGGUUUCGCCGGCGCCGGUGCAGGCGCUCCGCGCAUCUGCGCCGUCGUCGACCUCGCCGAGGACGGCGACUCGUGGGAGGCGGUGAGGAGGAUCCAGGAAGAAGGUCUCGACGGCGGCGUCCAGCCUGUGCCUGGUCGAAGCGUCGACGAUGCGUUGCGCACCGGCCUGCCCUACUGCGAGCUCGAGGCGACGCGCUUCCGUCAGACCAUCCAGUUCCUUCCGCUUCCCUACGGCGCGCUCUACCCCAUCCUCGACGCAUGCAAGUGCGCCGACUUUGUCUUGCUCGUCCUGUCCGCAUCCACCGCCAUCGACCCGGGCUCGUGGGGCGAGCUCUGCCUGCGCACGCUCCAGGCGCAGGGCUUGCCCACCGUCGUCGUCGCCGUGCCCACCCUCCAUCCGGACGGCGCCACGGGCGUUGGAGGCAGCAAGAAGGCCGGUGCCGCACUCAAGGCGGCCAACGAGGUGCGCAAGUCGCUGCUCAGCUUCGCACAGUACUUUUCGCCCGACGUCGACAAGGUGCAUGCACUCGACGACCGCGCCGAGCGCGGCGCGCUGCUGCGCACGCUGGCCACCGCCACACCCAAGCGCGUCGCCUGGCGCGACUUCCGCGCGUGGAUGGUGAGCGAAGACGCAGAGUGGGAAACCGCUCCCAACCCGGACGCUACCAACGCCAAUGACGGUGCGAACGGCAUCGCGAGUCUCAACGGCCACGACCAAGAACGAGGCACCCUCAAGGUGACCGGCUGGAUCCGCGGCGCACCCAUGUCGGCGGACCGCCUGAUCCAUCUUCCGGACUUUGGCGACUUUGAGGUGGACCGCAUCGCGUACGCACCGCCGCCCAACGCACGCACCAAGCACACCAAGGCGAGCGCCACCACGGCCGCGAGCACCGACGCUGACGACGCUGCCAUGACGGAUGCCGACACCGCCGCUACUGUCGCCGAUGCACCGCUGGCGGCGGGCGAUGUGCUGCAGACGCGCGACGACGAGUUCGCCGACGACCUCGUCUCCGAAAACGAGCCGGACGACAUGGGCAACGAGCAGACGUGGCCGACCGAGGAGGAGAUGCAGGCGGCCGAGCAGUUUGCCAAGCAGCGUGCCGACGGCGAGAUGCCGCCCCCGCCCGCGCUGCCCGGCACCACGCCCAAGACGAUCAUCAAGGGCAGCGGCAAUGCCAAGGACAACGCCAAGUACCGUGCCGCCUGGAUCAUCGAGUCGGACGAAGACGAAGACGAUGACGACGACGACGAUGCCGACUCGAUGAUGGCGGAGGAAGCCGACGAGGACAUGGACACGGGGGAUGUCGAGGUGAACGAGGCGAUUGACGACUACGAGCGCAUGAAGGCGGCGGCGAUUGCGCAGCAGCACGCGCAGCCGAGCGAGAGCAUGUCCGAGAUGGCGUUCGAGGACGUGGACGAUGCGCAGGCCGAGGCCGAGUACCGCGCGUACCAGGAGCAGCGCAAGCGCGAGCGCGAGGAGCGCGACGAUGCCGAAUUCCCCGACGAGGUGGAUACGCCGCUCGAGAUCGCGGCGCGCCAGCGCUUCGCACGCUACCGCGGGCUCAAGUCGUUCCGCACCUCGCCCUGGGAUCCGUACGAGGAUCUGCCGCGCGACUAUGCGCGCAUCUUCCAGUUUGAGGACUUCCACAAGACGCGCCGCCGCGUCGAGGGUGCUGCGCUGCUGGACGGUGUGCAGCCUGGCUUCCGCGUGACCGUGUGGGUCAAAGACGUGCCGCGCGCCGCGGCGGUGCGUGCUCGGGCGAGCAAUAUCGAGCUGCCGAAGGUGGAUGUGGCGGUGCCGUUUGUGCUGUUCGGCCUGCUGAGGCACGAGCACAAGAAGAGCGUCAUCAACUUUACCGUCACGCGCAACACCGAGUACGACGCGCCCGUGCGCUCCAAGGACCCUCUCGUGCUGUGUCUUGGUCCACGCCGCUUCCGCGUCAAUCCGAUCUUCAGCCAGCACUCUCGCGGUGGGGGUAAGGGCGUCAACAACGUGCACAAGUUCGAGCGCUUCCUUCGGCCCGGUGUCUCUGCCUCUGUCGCCACCGUCUACGCACCAAUCACAUUCGGAGGCAGUACUGCUCCCGCCGUGCUGCUUCGGGAACGCUCCAUCGAUGGCGAGUCCGGGUACGACCAGCGGGGCGUUUCCGCAGCCCAGAUGCCUCACCUCGUCGGAUUCGGCAACCUCAUCGAUGCCGGACCCACGCGCAUCAAUGCCAAGCGCAUCCUGCUGUCGGGCCACCCGUACAAGGUGCACAAGAAGACGGCCACGAUCCGGUUCAUGUUCUUCAACCCCGAGGACGUGUACUGGUUCAAGCCCAUCACGCUGCACACCAAGCUCGGGCGCACGGGGCACAUCACCGAGUCGCUCGGCACGCACGGCUACUUCAAGGCGCACUUUGACGGUCCCAUCAGCCAGAUGGACACGGUGCUCAUGAAUCUGUACAAGCGCGUGUAUCCCAAGUGGGCGCAUCCGUUUGGUAGUGCGUAUGACGAGCUGCCCCUGCCUCGAAGCGAGGUGUACAAGGAGGAUGACAUGCAGACCUAG